CUAAACGGGUAUCGCCGUGAACGUCGUUGUGCUGUGAAUGGACAUUAAUGGGAAAUGUAAUAUUCCUCUGUCAGUGCCAGAGUCCCUCUGUCAUUUAAUCACUGCAACGAAAGCCGGGUGUUGAUGAAUGACAAAGAUGAUGUGAUGGCAGAGCUAGCUGGCAGGACAGAUCAAAGCAGGCUGUCUGUCGCACAUUAAACCAACUGGACACCUCACAGCCUGAACAGAAUGGAUUUUCCCAAUUGUACUGAAGGAGUGUAUGCCACAAGCAGCGGAGGUUAUGACUCAGUGGAGACCACUAAACUCCCUCCCAGUAAGAUCCUGCUUACGCUGACCCUCUCUGUAGUGGCUAUCCUGACUACAUUCUUCAACUGCCUGGUGAUCACAGCUAUCGCAGUCACCCGCAAGUUGCAUCACCCAGCCAACUACCUCAUCUGCUCAUUAGCAGUGACCGACCUGCUGGUGGCUGUGCUGGUCAUGCCCUUCAGUAUCAUGUACAUCCAGAAAGAGAGCUGGGUCAUGGGCCAGGUGGUGUGUACCAUCUGGUUAAGUGUGGAUAUCACUUGUUGCACAUGCUCCAUCCUCCACCUUGCUGCGAUUGCCAUCGACCGUUACAGGGCCAUUACUGAUGCGGUGGAGUACUCACGGAAACGUACAGGGGCCAGAGCAGGGGCCAUGGUGGCAGUAGUGUGGCUCUUGUCUAUCCUCAUCUCACUUCCUCCUCUGCUGUGGAGGCACUACAGUGGGGAUUCACAGCAGGAAGACCAGUGCAUCAUCAUCCACCAUCACAUGGCCUUCACUCUGUAUUCCACACUCGGAGCAUUUUACAUCCCUCUGCUGCUCAUCCUCAUCCUCUACUAUAAAAUCUACCGGGCCGCUCAGACCCUCUAUAUGCGCAGGGAAGCCAGCCGGGCUAGCCGUCACUCGUGCAUGACCAAUGGGAGCAUGAUCCCAUCAACCUACCCUGCUGGAGAUGACGAUGACGACCGGGGACCUCAAAGUCCAGAGCCCGUAAGCCCACCGGAAAAGUCUUUCUCUGAAGCCUCAACUGAGGAACCUCCACGUGAACGGGUGCGUGUCUCGGUAAAGGCUUUCCAGUGCAAGUCUCGCCGGCACGAGUCACGCAGUGAGUCACGUCGGAGCCAGUUUUACCAAGGACCGCGGAUCUCAGGCUCAAGGGAGCGCAAAGCAGCAUCUACGUUGGGGUUGAUAAUCGGAGCAUUUGUCAUCUGUUGGUUGCCAUUUUUCGUCAAGGAGGUGAUCGUCAACACCUGCGGUUCUUGCAGUACUUCAAUGGAGAUGGCUGACUUUCUUACAUGGUUGGGGUACCUCAACUCGCUGAUCAACCCUCUUAUCUACACCAUAUUUAAUGAAGACUUCAAAAAAGCUUUCCAAAGACUUGUUAGGUGCAGUCAUUACCUCUGAUGGUUACAAUUAUGCACGAUCUUACCCACACACCAUCACACAUAUGUAACCAGAAGGCGGCAAAUUAAUGGUUGUAGGUCAGAGAAUACCCAUUAAAUACUGACUUAUUAUGCCUGAGAGGGAAUAAUCUCACAGAGGAGAGGAUUGACACCCAUUUCCAGACACUUCACCAGGCACUCCAGCAGCCUAAAUGGCACCAGCUCAGCAAUGAGCUUUGCAGCAAAGUUCCACAUUGAAAUCUACAUCCUGCUAUUAAUAGAACAGCCUGAGACCUCCUUGAUGUUAAUUGGAGUGUAUGGUGGGAAACUGACAUGUUGGUUUUUAGAAAAUGGGUCAUCGUUGACCUUUUUGAGAUCUGGGUUCUGAUAACCCCUACUUAAAGUUGACCAUUAUGUCUCUUCCAUAUAAUGACCUUCCUUCUAUGUAGUCCAAGCUGAAACACAGAACAUGUGUAAAAUAUCACAGCAUAUCAAGUUGUGACUUUCUGUGGCUGUGAUGUUUCAGAGGGUGACUUUUAUAGAAAUUGUUGUGGAAUAUAUGAUAUGUAUUCAGCACUGCAAAAAUAUUCCAACAAAAUAUAAAUUUGAAGAUUGUUAAAGCUGCUGAUAGUCUUGGUAACUAUUGCAAGAGAAUGUGUAAAACAUGUUUUAUGAUCUGGGACCAUUCCAUUUAUAAUGAAUAAUGAUAAUAAUAACAAAAAUAAAUUAUAUUAUUAUUACUAUACAGGUUCUAUGAGAUAUUGGCACUUUAAGUAAUAUUUUUCAAAACAUUUCCUGUUUCUUUCAGUUAUUUCUUAAGCUAUUUGUUCAUCAGUUUGUUUAUUUAUUUAUUCAUAUUACCUGGAGCCAUUAAACACCCCACCCCAUCUCACUCCCACACCACAGCCAGCAUUAUGUUAAUGAAUGUGAAAACCGCUGAUGGAGAAGUCCUCAUUACAUUACUCCCACUCAAGUACUUGGAAUAGAACUACUAUUUCUGUAUUGCCUCUAAGAGGGCACAUGGUAUGUUGAUGGAAAUAUUGUGGAUGUGUGAGGGUGUACUGUAUACCAGAAAGAUAACACAAGGUGUGUCAUAUGCUUCUCUGACAGUA